CUUUGUGAAAUAUCCUACUUAGCAUCGUAAUUAAACGACUAUAUGAGAACUAAUUAAUUUGUUUGUUUAUGAAUGGGUUUUAUUAAAUGCGGACAAUUUCGCAUAUUUUAAUGUAUUUUAAUGUAACACAUGCGCUAUUGAAGCGUUAUUAUUCCCCUGACGUCACCCAGAUGACGUCAUCCGCGCGUUCUAAGAGACAGCGGGAGCGCGCACAGAGGAAUGGGCCUGCUGUCAGUCUUAAGAAGGCUGAAGAACUCUCCUGAGCAGGAGGUUCGAAUCCUGCUGUUGGGUUUAGACAAUGCAGGUAAAACCUGUAUCCUGAAGCAGCUGGCGUCAGAGGACAUCAGCCACAUCACUCCCACACAGGGCUUCAACAUCAAGAGCGUCCAGUCUCAGGGCUUCAAGCUCAACGUCUGGGACAUCGGCGGACAGCGCAAGAUCAGACCGUACUGGAGGAACUACUUCGAGAACACAGAUCUCCUGAUUUAUGUGAUUGACAGCUCAGACAGAAAACGCUUUGAUGAAACCGCGCAGGAACUGGCGGAGCUGCUUGAUGAGGAGAAGCUGAACAUGGUGCCGCUGCUAAUCUUUGCCAACAAACAGGACUUGAUGACGGCGGCGACUGCAGCGGAGAUCGCCGAGAGUCUGAACCUGCACACGAUACGAGACCGGAUCUGGCAGAUCCAGCCCUGCUCCGCUCUCACUGCAGAGGGAGUGCAGGAUGGGAUGGUGUGGCUCUGCAGGAAUAUUCCCACCAGGAAGAAAUGAGUCUGAGUUUAAUCUUCUGUGAUGACUCUGUACGGUGUGUUUAACACAUUAAUCUCAAUCUCUUGUUCCUAAAAGGGCCGAUGAUGAUUGGCCAAUUGAUGGGAUGCUCAAGUACAAUAUUUUUCGUAGAGAAGCUUUUAUAGCCCAGAUCUCGUCUGGUCACCGAUGACGACAGUCUCUGUCCGACAAUUUCUUGGUGAUUUUUAUUAAUAAAAAAGUUUUGUUUAGAACUA